AUGUCUUUAAUAUAUCUAUCUAUCUAUCUAUCUAUCUAUCUAUCUAUCUAUCUAUCUAUCUAUCUAUCUAUCUAUCUCAGUCCUUUUCAUAUCUAUCUAUCUCAGUAUGCACAUAUCUCUCUGUCAACCUCAAUUAUGUGCAUAUGGUAUAUGCAUAUAUCUCUCUUUACAUCUCUUACUUUAUCCAUAUCUAUCUAUCUAUCUAUCUAUCUAUCUAUCUAUCUAUCUAUCUAUCUAUCUAUCUAUCUAUCUAUCUAUCUAUGCCUGUUCAUAUCUCUAUCUAAAAACUAUCUAUCUAUCUAUCUAUCUAAAUCUUCUCUUCUUUAUGAAAUUAAUAUGACUUUCUCCUGGAUAUGUCCUUCUAUUUACAAAAAAAUCAACCCGAAUUCAUUUCUCUCCCUUCGGUUUACAUACACCUACUCUUGGCCUUUCAUUUCAUAUCUAUCUAUCUAUCUAUCUCAAUCGAUUCAUAUCUAUCUAUCUAGUUUGUUACUCUUACUAUUUACCUAUCUCUCUUCGUUGAUAUCUACCUUUAUUAUUCUCUUCAUACCACUAUCUAUCUAUCUAUCUAUUUCAUCUGCACAUUAUCUAUUUAUCUAUCUAUCUAUCUUUCUAUCUAUCUCAGUCCAUUCAUAUCUAUCUAUGUAUCUAUCUAGUUUGUUUCUCUUAAUAUUUACCUAUCUAUCUAUCUCAGUUCAUGUCUACCUUUAUUAUUCUGUUCAUCCCACUAUCUAUCUAUCUAUCUAUCUAUCUAUCUAUCUAUCUAUCUAUCUAUCUAUGUCACUUUUGAUAUACCAGGAUAAUAUCUAG